AUGAUCGGCGAUGUGUGGGUCAUGGAGUGUGCGAUCUACGUCCUCGUCUCCUGCUUUGACUGGAACUACAGGUGCGGGAGGAAGGGCCGUCGUCGUCACCAUCGUCAGGAGGUGCUCUUCCAAUGUGUCGUCCUCGUUCCUCUCCAGUUUGUCUGGUGGAUGAAGUCAUAUGUGGUGGAGUCUCUCGGCCUUUCCAGUCCAAUACCUCUGCUGGUAGUGAAGUUGGCUGAGGAGUGGCUAUCCCCAGAAGGACAUCCUGAGUGA